AUGGAGCUUGCUGCUCAAGAUUUUCCUCCUCUGUCUAAUCUCACUCCGAAGGAUUCACCUUCUGUGCUUCCCUCUGGUUCUUAUGCGGACAAUGUUUCGAUUCCUGCGGUUAAGCAGUCCAACUUUCCCGUCUCUUUUGUCUCACCGGCUCCAAAGCUAUCUUUUAGGGGUAACGAUCUUGCAGAAGGAGCCAACUUUUGGAACCUAUCGCUGGUGGGUUACUCGAUCGGGCCUCGCCCCUACUACGAACGACUGCUUGCAGCUAUGAAAAAGGUUUGGAGCAUCAAAGGUGCGAUGUCUCUCCUUUCUCUUGCCGAUGGGUUCUUUCUGUUAAAGUUUUCGGCUUUGGAGGACUUGGAAAUGGUUUGGAAUGGGGGGCCCUGGUUUUUUUUGGGUAAGCCAUUCAUUUUACAACGUUGGUCCCCUAAGUUUAAGCCGGUUAGGGACGAAUCUUCUUCUAUUCCCUUAUGGAUAAAAAUUAUGGAUUUGCCUUUGGCGUUGUGGACGCCUUUAGGUAUUUCCCGGAUUGCUAGUUUCAUCGGGGUCCCGAUCUCUGUUGAUACGCUAACUGCCAAUCGCUGCGGUUCACUUUUUCACCCUUUCUCUCUUUGUUCCUCCAAUCCUAACCCAAAGCCCAUUAUUCCCCCUUCAAAUCGUCAGAGGGGACGUAGUUCCAGCAGAAAUCCUAAUCAGAGGAAUCAGCUCCCGUCUUCCAAACCUCCUAUCCCUCGUCCCUCUACUUUGGUUUCUGAGGCUUCUCCUGUGGUCUUGGAUGGGAAUGUGUCUACUUUAAAUUUAUCCAAGCCUAUUAUUCACACUACUUCCCCAGCCAUAUUGUCCCCUGACCCUAAACAGCUGCUUACUUCUGCUAUCCCUGGUUUAUCUAAAGACCUGACUUUACCAAAUCUAAAUCUUCCUAUGGAUGUUGCUUCUUCCUCGGAGCAUUCAACCCCUCCUUCCUCUAUCCUUCCACCUAAAAUUCAUACUGCUAAUAAGUUUGAUUCUCUUCAAACCGAUGAGGCAGACCUACCACCUCAAGACAACCCUCCAAGUGUUGUUGAUACUCCUGGAUCAUCUUCUUCUCCGGCUCAAUCCUCUACGGAUUGUUCUUCUUCAAACUAUCUUCAAAACUCCAAAGUCAAAUCCAAAUCCCCCAAAGAAGCCAAAAAAGUGAAGCCCAAAACUGCCAAAAAAGGGGCUAUCUCCUUUGAGCUGUCGGUUGUUUAUGCUUCCAAUAAUGAGAAUGAAAGGAGAGUUCUUUGGGAUGAUAUUCAGAAUGUUGCUUCUUCCCUUGAUCUUCCCUGGAUCAUUUUGGGAGAUUUUAACUGUUACCGUUUUGAUUUUGAAAAAGCUGGUGGUAAUCCCCCGUCUCAAAGUUAUUUGGGGGAACUCAAUAAAUGUGUUUUUGAAUGUGGUAUUCAGGACCUUGCUUCGGUUGGUCUUCUCUUCACAUGGUUUAAUCAGAGGGUGGACAUGCUAAUUCAUAUCAAAUUGGAUAUGAUGCUGGCCUUUUCGAAACCUCAUGAGAACAGCCCUAUCUCAGACUUCUAUCAAAGCCUAAGACACCUUAAGUCUGCUCUUAAAAGAAAAAAUUGGUCUUCCUCCCAUUUUCUUACUAAUGCUAUCAAUGAUCUUAAAAACUCUCAGAAUUGUUGUUUGGUUGAGAUUCAAUCUGAUCCUUUGAAUCCGGUUUUAAUCAAUACCCUUAAAGAGAUUAAUGAACAGUUGGCGACUCUUCAGUCUGCUUGGUCGUCUUGGAUUUCUCAGCGUGCUAAGGCCUAUUGGCUAUUGAAGGGUGAAGAUGACUUGGGGUUUUUAUUUGCUAAGAUUAAAGCUAGAAACAACAGAAAUUGCCUUAGGGAAAUUAGCACUGAUAAUGGCUCCUUCACUUCUCAUUCCAAUAUUUCUAAGGCCAUUAUUGAGCAUUUCAAGGUUCUAUUUAACAAACCCAUUUCGGCUGGGUGGGAGGAUGUUCAUAUUCCUGUUGGAAUUAAGGUUCCUGCUUAG